CGCCAAAUAGCAACAGAUGACGUCCGGAGAUGACGCUCACGGUGUUGUAACGUCAAACACCGUCCCCCUGGUUGUGCCAUGCGCACUGGCGAUUGUUGUUGUUGGGUUGUUAUGGCUGGAUAAGGCCUCGGAGUCAACUGAGAGAGGACCCCCCUCCCCCGUACGACCCCGUCUCUGCCACGGGACACCCGCCACCCAUGGAGGGCACGGACAUGGACGUGGACGCGGAGCUCAUGCAGAAAUUCAGCUGCAUGGGCACCACGGACAAGGACGUCCUCAUCUCGGAGUUUCAGAGACUGCUGGGCUUCCAGCUCAACCCCGCCGGUUGCGCCUUCUUCCUGGACAUGACCAACUGGAACUUGCAGGCUGCUAUUGGCGCAUAUUACGACUUUGAGAGCCCUAAUGUCAACACACCGGCCAUGUCCUUUGUUGAAGAUGUGACGAUCGGAGAAGGGGAGUCUGUUCCUCCAGACACGCCGUUCACAAAAACGUGGAGGAUACAGAACACCGGUUCAGAACUGUGGCCACCUGGGGUUUGUCUCAAGUACAUUGGUGGAGAUCAGUUUGGGCAUGUAAGCACAGUAAUGGUGAAGUCUUUAGACCCACAAGAAAUGACAGAUGUGAGUGUGCAAAUGCGAAGUCCCACGAAUCCGGGUAUGUACCAGGGCCAGUGGAGAAUGUGCACAGCCUCAGGACUAUUCUAUGGAGACGUAAUCUGGGUUAUUCUUAGCGUAGAGGUCGGAGGUCUCCUUGGAGUGACCCAGCAGCUUUCCUCCUUUGAGACGGAAUUCAACACGCAACCGCAGCGCAACGUGGAGGGAGACUUCAACCCCUUUGCCUCGCCGCAGAAAAACAAGCACGACGCAGCUGACGGUAGCUUCAGAGAUCCAGCUGGAGCCUGGGAACACACGCAAGAGCCAAUCCAGCAGGAUCAGAAUGGACUGUCUCAUAAUGCUGUAAAUAGAGCGCCGAACGGUCUCCAAACCAACCUUUCCAUGGUGACCUACGGCCAGGGUAUUCACGGUCCUUAUCCGUUUGGACAGAGUUAGAACGACAGGCGCCCCCUUCCCAAAACAAAUGCUGAGCUUAACUUCCGGCCCACCUUCAGGUGCACAGGAGUUGGGAAAGGGGAGCGACAGUUGUUUUCUAAUGACUCAUUACAACUCUCCCCGAAACCCCCACGCCACCUCCUCUGCAGAAAUGACAGUGAGGCGGUGGAACGCAGCCCACCUGAUGUCAACGCCCGGAUCUGAAUGUGUGAAGGCUUCACUCGAGAGAGCUGUGAAUCCCUGAGGACAUGUUCACUUGACUUUUUUUUAUGUUUCUUAUGUUGACCAUGAAUAUUUAAAGGGAAUCUCCCCCCGUCAAUCCCAAGAUCUCAGCCUAACUGCUUACAAAAGACAACUGGAUAUCUGCUCUUUGGGGGUCCUACACAAGUCUGGAAAAUAAGCUGCAAUUACUGAUGUUUUUUUUUUAUUUUUUUUAUUCAGAUUUGAAACAGGUGUAACGGUUCUCUAUGUUCCCCCCAAAUAUGUGUGGGAUGGCUUCUUUGUUCUGACCAAACACAAACAAAUUUCAUAGUUUGGUUCAUAUAUAUGUCUGUGUUGGCUGGGAGUAUGUAUAUGCUUAUUAUAGAAAAGACAUACAUUUUAUUUUAGGUUUAUUAGGAGUAAACAUUUUCAUCAAAUACUAUGUACAAAUAAUGGCCCUUUUUAGGGGAAAAUAUGGUAAAUUUAGUCAUUUUCAUAGCAACAUUGAUAAAAGGGGGUCAAAACGGAACUAUGCGUCAAUAACAAACCAUUUGUACCCACAAACUUUUUACCAGGAGACAUCCUAAUGUGCAGGCUUGUGCAGGAACCCCAAGUGUCUCUCAGCAAACGACCAAAACACUAAUCUGUGCAAUCCUGAAGCUUCCCACCCUGCAGACUUGCAUGGGAGAAGCCUCUUCUUCUUUUUUUUUUUUUUUUAAGGGGGGGGUUUCAAAAGAUGCUGACGCUCAAAAAGGAUGAGUGAGGGAAUUUAUGUCUAAAGAAGGGUUAAAAAAGCCAUUGAAAUCUGUUUUGUUUGUUGAACGACUGUAUUUUUCCUGAGUUCUUCACGUUUUCAGUGUGUGCGUAAAAUGUAAACGUGAGGCGCGCGUGUGCAUGUACGUUGAUGCUUUCUCUGAAUCGACCACAAAAAGUGACGUAUACUGUCUGGAUGAGAGAAGACUUGAAACACGCAGCGUCGUUAUCGAAAGCUUUAAAAGGUUUGUACCUCAAAAGUAUUUUUUGAAUGAUUUUUUGCACCAUUAGAAUGAACUCAUUCAUCAUGUACCCUGAUGUUAUUUAUUCGCCUCAUUUUUGUGCAUUGCAGAUUGAAAAGAUCCCAGAAGCAACCAGUAGAUGGUGCUAAAAAUCGGAUAAGUAAAUAAACCUGGAGGUGACCAGUAACAUUCACUGACUCGAAGAAGCAUUUGAUCAUUUGCAUCAGUUACACUGAUGUACUGGUAACCACUAUUUGCACUCUGCUUUUAAGAAAAGAGUUUUUGUUUUUAUGUAGCUCGUAAUACCAGCAUUUUUCCAAAAAAACAAAAUUAAAAAAACAGUUUAUGGGGUUAGUUACAGGUUUCCAGAAUGGUAAGCAAAUUGCUCAUAAAUGUAGAUUGUUAAUGAUCAAAUGGACCUUUGACAUUGUCAGCUGUUACAUAAAGUUUUCCUUUAGUGUUGUCAUUUUUCAUGAAGUCAGAUUUUUCAUUUAUUGUUUGGAAAUAAAUCUAAAAGCAAAUAGUUCUUUUCUAUUUCAUAUCUUUCAAACGUAUCUUUCUGCAGCAUCCAAAAUGUUGUUCAUAUAAUUUGAUGUCUGCUGUCUCAUUGUCCUGUGUAGAACUGACCAGCUUGGUUGUGUUUGUAGGGAGGGUCAUCUGAGUUUUUCCUAAACAGGAUGCACUGUUCUUUGUUGCCUCUUUUGGUCACGACCAGAUUAUUAUUAUUAUUUUUUUUAAUCGUUUGUGUGGUACCCUCUGUGAAAAUGCUGUCCUGUGAGAGAAAGAUGAGUGGUAAAGGAGUCUAGAUUGAGUUUCUUUUGGGUGGUUUGUUGUGUGGACCUGAGAUGUGCGGGUUGUGAGUCGAUGAAAUGAAAGUUUAGUCUUAAAAUAGCACAUUUAUCUGAGGAGGGAUUGUCAAAAUAAAGUUUUUUUUUCUCUUUAAUGAUGAUUAAGGAUUUGUAUGAAUAAAUUAUCACUGAAACAAUGA